AGAAAAAUAGAACCUUCUGUCAACGCAAACAAAACUAUGUCAAAAAUAUUUCUAAAUUCUCUGUAACAACAAAAACAAAUCCGUCUGAAAAAUUGUACUAAAAUCCAUGUUCUCUAAUUAUUUUUACAUUCAUUGAAUAAGUUGGCGAGAUGGCUGAAAAGUGUGAUCAAAACCCUCCCAAUGAUGCUGCCACUACUCCCAAAGAAGAAAAGUCCUCAGCAAAUUGGUGGGACUCCUGGCUGACAUCAGCCAAGAGCAAGUCCGUGGAAGUAUAUUCAAUGGUGAAGAAGGAUUUGGAUGAGAUCGGCACAGCGGUUAAGAGUGAAGCUAGCCAUGUAUUCAAUUCUACAUCCACUGUUAUUGGAAACACUUUUAAGCUUGAUGUUCCAGAAUCACCGGCCAAUGCUAUGAAGAAAAGUUUAAGCAGUUUCAUUGGUCAAGUGAGUACUGUUCUGAACCCUGAACCUGAUGAUGAAGACGACACAGAAGUUAUCUUAUCAUCCGGUGACACAACAAUGCUCUCCACUUAUAAGAAAGAACUGGAAUCCCUCCAGCGGGUGGACGCUACGUACAUAGUACCAGCGGAUAGUGCUCAAUUCGACGCCUGGAAAGCUAGCCUAGAUGGUGACGUCAUCUCACCCUUAGCCGCGCGUAAACGUAUGCAGAGCAGCCCGCUGCUGAAGACGCAGUACGAGAAGCUGGUGCCGGAUGCUGUGUCGCAUGAAGACUUCUGGGAGAGAUAUCUAUUCCGAGUGGCGCUCUUACAAGACCGGCUGGCGGCGUCGUCCCGCAAGCAGCCGGUGCUGGAGGAGCAGACCGAUCCCGUUCUCGCUUACUUGCCACCCACUGAGCCUAUACAGACGAGUCCCAAAAAAGUUCUAUCCGGUAUAAUAACAGAGACGCCGGAAAUAGAUAAUGUCGUCGCGUGGGAGGAUGAAGACUUCGCAAAUGACCUAGAGCUAACAGAAGAACAACAAACUUUGCUCCUUGAAGAAUAUGAAAAAGAAAUCACGUCGAAAAAAUUAAAAACGCCCAAAGAUGUUACUAACAACAACGCAGACUCGCCAAAAAAGAGCAUAGAUAACAAAAAGUUUGCCAUGGACAAAAAUAAAAAUAAGUCCCCAAGAAAAACUAAGUCCGACGAAUGUGGCAACUUAGUGGAGGAUUAUUUUGGGGAUAAAGAAGUUAAGGAUGACGCUAGUGCGAACUCAGAUGAAAGUUGGGAGAAGGAAUUCGAAAUUGAUGAAAAAGAGCCGGUCGUCCAAAAGGCCUGACUCUGGGCCCACUUUUUUAGUAACCAUAGAUAAGAAAUCAGACUAGAAAAAGCAUAGACUUCGAAAUAAUACCAUGUAUUCAAAUAACAUCAACAGCUUAUAAAAACUGUAAGGGAUAUAUAAAUGCUAUUUUUUACAUAUACUUAACAUAAAUGUAUUUUGUAUGUUUGGUCAUGGCUUAGUCAUAAUAAUGCUAAUGUCACACAAUAUAACAUGCCGUUAUAUUGGCAAGACAGGGCUUGUUCAACUUAUAGGCUCAUAAUAAAAAAAAAAAAACAUUAUUUCAUAGUAAUAGAGUCAUAAUACCUUAAUUUAAAGGACUUUUUAUCCGCCAUAGAUAAAAAAUAUGCCAUGUUAAGUAUUGGCGGGAACUAUGUAUUCAGUAUAAAUGAUAAACGCACUUUUAUUUUACGCUUCCAUAUUCAAUGAAAUAUUAAAAUAAUUUAGACAUAAUUUUGUCAACGUUUACUUUUUGUUGUUGUAAUUAGGAUAAAUUCUUGUUUUUCAUGAUGAUAUCUUUAUUUUAUAUUUUACCUGUCUGUUUUAUUUUAAAUUCAAAUAAUUUUUAUAUAUUAUUUAGUGCCUUUAAGACUUUGAGACGAAGCUGUCUCUCUACCUCCAAUGUUGAAUAUUUUUAAAAAAAUUUGAUCACAUUUUUGUACAGUGUAACUUUUACAUUGUUUCUUUUUCAUUCCUCAAUGAAUUUUAUAUUUUUGUUCGAUUUUUUUUUUUUUUUUGUAUUUUUUAUUAUUUGUGAUUUUCCAACCUGAGACGUAUGAGUUAUAUUUAAAUAAAAAUAUGUUUUUUUGUAUACACAGGGUGGGUAGACAACCGAAGGAUUUUUAACCGAAUAUUGUACUCAUUUGUCAUUUAAAAAUACUCGAUUCGUUCCAUAACAGAUAACGAAAGCAAAUGGAAAUUUAAUCCUGGCGAUCCUAAUCAGGAUAAUAAGAUAAACUUUAUGUAUUGUCACCGAUCCUUGAUAAGUGUACAAAGUUUGAAUUAAAUCUUUUUUAAGUGGGUCAAGAUCCAGAACUAAUAAAGCGUGGUGGUAAUUGACAACGAUGUAAGACUUCUAUUGUCUAUGGCAAUCUGUGUAUCCAAUUACAUACCGUUAUUAUGUAAGCUAAAUAAUAAGUAUUAGAAAGAAACAAUUGUAAGUUUUAUUAAACAUACAAUAAAUUUAUAAGUUAUGCGUCGUAUCGUAUAGGUGGUGUUUGGCGAAAAGUAUUAUAGUACUAUAAUGUUGUCUCUGGUUAUACUGAUAAAAAAAUACAGUAUAAAAGAUGACAGUAGGUCGUCCAUGAAUACAAAUAACUCGAAUUCUUUCCAAUUUAUCAAAUCUACAUGUCUAAAUCACCACCAUGUAUUAGAAUAAGACAUUUAUUUUAAAAUUGUUUAUAUAUUUAGAAAAAUGUUAGGCUUAGGGUCGCCACACAUUGGGUACAAGCGUCGUUAUGGGCUUAUUUCCUGUAGUUUCUAUUUGACAUGGACUCGCCUCUCGUGGCGGCGUUUGUGGCUGCCGUAUGUAGCCAGUGUGCGACGACCCUAAUCCUAGCAUACGCCAAAUUCAUGGACACCGUGUAUGUAUGAAAAUUUUCAACAGCAUUAUAUUGACAAUACAAAACUAUUUGGCUUCAGUGCAAUAUGACAUUGUAUGGUGUAGAAUUUAACGUACAUUAAACGUAGAAUGUAAUUCCCAUAUAUACUUGAUAUUCAUACUUUAAUAGUAUAUGGGAAGCAUAAGCAAUAAUUAUAGUAGCAACCGCAGUCAAAAGUAACCAAUCAUAGCCCCCUAACUGGCUGCUGACAAAAAAUGUCACACAAUAAAAUGGUGACGAGGAAGAAAAACAGACAAACAAACCCAUUUUCGCAAUUAUAUGAGUAAAGAUUACAAUAAUCAAUAUCUGUAAUAUGCCUGAAAUGCCAUACAUACCAGUAAGGUAUAAAGUAUAAAGCUUUGCAGCCAUUGAGAAAUUUUAUAACUAAAUAAACCCACUGAUUUUAAUAACAUACUCAAAUGAGACGAAAAUAAACAUAGAUAAAAGAUAAAGAUAAAGAAUGACUCAUCUAUCUCGCUCUACCAAGAAAUUAGGAUGCAUUCAGCAAUAAGUUUGAGUUUUAAGGUAGAUUACGUUAAAUUUUACACUAUUUAUUUAAAUUUAUUAUAGUGCUAUAUGUGCAACUCACAUUUGAGUUAAAUUAGACAUCGUUAUGUUUGUGUAAAUUAUGAUAAUGAUAUUAAUAAAAGUUAUUAAAAAUU